GUUUCGCUUUCAAGCCAACCAAAGCUUCAAGUCUAAAGAAAUCAAACGUAUUUCAACAAAAAAACUCACCAUGUUUAAAUACGCCGUUGUCAUUUGCGCCUUGAUCGCCUGUGUGGCCGGAAAGCCUGGAUUGCUCCAUGCUCCUUUGGCCGCCAUUCCUGCUCCGGCUCCAGUUGUCACUGCUGCCAGUAGCCAGGUUGUGGCCAGGACAUUCAACGGAAUCGCUGCAGCUCCAAUUGUGGCUCCCGUUCCAGUGGCUCCAGUUCCAGCUCCCAUCUUGAGGACCGUGGCUCCCGUUCCCGUGGCUCCUGCUCCAGUUCUGAGGACUCUGGCCGCUCCGCUCGCAGCUCCCAUUGCUGCUCCUCUGGCUGCUCCUUUAGCUCCCCGUUUUGCUGCUCCGUUCGCUGCCCCACUGGCCGCUCCUCUGGCAGCUCCUAUCUCCACUGCCUGCUCCCAUCAUCAAAACUGUAUCUCCAUUUGCUGCUCCUUUAGCCCAUCCCUACGCCGCUCCCUUCCUGGCCAAAUACUCGGCUCCUUUGGCCUAUGCCCCAGCACCUUUGGGCUAUGCUGGUCCAGCUUUGUGGUAAAAAAAGAAAUAUUAUACUCAGAACCCAAGGAUUAAGCUACCUUUUGUAUGCUCAAUGACUGAUAGCCCUUAAUAAAAAUUGUUUAAAUGAUAAAA